AUGGUCAAGCUACUUCCCACCUUCCUGCUCCAAGCUGGCUUCGCUCUCGCAGCAGUGGAAUAUCUCAACUGGACUACUUACAUCGCCAACGAUAUCGAUACGUUGGCGAACGCCGGAGUGAACACUUUGCGUAUCCCCACCACAUAUGCUGCUUGGGUCAAAGUGCCCGGGUCCCAGCUGUACUCUGGGAACCAGGUAUCCUUUCUGAACAACAUUGCAACAUAUGCUAUCACUAGGUAUUCCAUGCAUAUCAUCAUCGAUGUACACUCCUUACCAGGUGGAGUGAACGGUAAGGCGUUCGGGGAGGCAACAGGACAUUACGGAUGGUUCAACAACCAAACGGCGUUGGAUUACUCGCUUCAGGCUAUCGAUUCCGUCAUUGCCUAUAUUCAGAACUCCAGCAAUCCUGGAUCCUAUACUAUUGAGCCUAUCAACGAGCCCGUCGACAAUAAAGAUAUGUCAGCAUUCGGGAGUCCAGAAGCAUUAUCCGAUGAAGGCGCAGCUUGGGUUUUGAAGUACAUUCAGGCAGUACUGGACAAGGUUGAGGUGAUCAGCCCGGAUAUACCGGUCAUGUUCCAAGGCAGUUUCCGAGGCGAGGAGUACUGGUCACCCAACUUCUCUACAUCCGCUAACCUGGUAUUCGAUGUGCACAACUAUUAUUUUGCCGGACGAGGAGCAACCGGUAAGAAUAUUACGACCUACAUCUGUGCCGAUGCAAAGAAUGGAGCCGGUGAUGGCAAAUUUCCCGUAUUUGUCGGCGAAUGGUCGAUCCAGGCACAGUACAAUAACUCCUUUGCUGACAGAGAUGAAGCUCUCAACACCGGGCUCUAUGCUUCUGCGAAAGAUUCCCAGGGGAGUGCCUAUUGGAAUGCCAAGUUUUCGGGGAAUGCAACCGUCGACGGCCAAGGUACACAGGCUGACUACUGGAAUUACAUGACCUGGAUUGACAAUGACAUGAUCCAUCCGGACGAAGCUUCUGGGACUACUCUUUUGGCCAUCGAUCUUUUCUUGUUUUGGUUUCGUGAAUCUUACUGCUGUGCUCUAAGUAAUACCGGACUUGUUUCUUCCCAGCUUUCUUCUUCAAACUUAAUCAGACCCAAGGUACCUACGGCGGUUAAUGCUUAUCACAUGACAAGGGCGUUGCUCUCUCCACUGGAUGCCAAACGGCGACUCUCGCUACGCACUGACAAAUCCCAACCUGGCCCCAUCCAGCUAUGGCUCGAGUCCUACCGACGAGUCUGA